CGCGGUAGUGCGUUGACAAGUUGGCAAGAGCGUGGUUCACAAUGACCGAGCCUGUAGUGACCGUAACGCAAGGCAAAUUACGAGGUGCAGUGUUAGAAAGUUCCCUAGGAUCGUCCUAUAUCGCAUUUAAAGGAAUUCCUUUCGCUGCUUCUCCCGUUGGCGAUCUGAGAUUUAAGGAUCCGCAACCACCUGAACCAUGGACAGGGAUCAAGGACACGACAAAAAUCGAAGGAUACAUUUGCCCGCAGUUGCGAGAAACUCCGCCGAUCGUUGUGAUGGGCGUCGAGGAUUGUCUCUAUCUGAACGUCUACACGAAAUCCCUUAACCAAUCGAAACCGGUGAUGUUCUGGAUCCACGGAGGCGCGUAUCUAGUAGGAAAUUCGAGUUUCGCAACGUACAGGCCUGACUAUUUACUCGAGCAGGACGUCGUGGUCGUGACGACUAAUUACAGGCUUGGCGCAUUGGGAUUCUUGAAUCUGGGCCAUCGAGCUGCGCCCGGAAACCAAGGUCUGAAAGACCUAAUUGCAUCUCUGAAGUGGGUCAAAGAACACAUCGCGAUUUUCGGCGGAGAUCCUGAUAACGUUACGCUAUUCGGUGUCAGUGCUGGUGCAGCAUUAAUUCACACGUUACUUUUCACGCCAAGCGCCAAAGGACUGUUCCACAAGGCGAUCUUGCAGAGUGGAGUGUUAACGUCUCCGUGGAGUUACAAUCAAAGUCGUCCCGAUCGUUGUUUCAAGCUAGCCUCGCUCCUAGGAAAGAACUCGACCGAUCCUGAGGAAGUUGUGAAAUUUCUGAGAACGUUACCGGUUAAGAAUAUCAUCGAGUGUCAGGGUUUCAUUCUACCGCCUGAAGAAGCGGUAACGUAUGAACUCCCUUUCGGGGUCAACAGCGACGCAGUGGCGGAAAAUCCUGUCUUGCCAGAACCAAUCGACGAAUAUCUCGAGAAAGGUUUCGACGUUCCUGUGAUAAUUGGUUACACGGCAGACGAAUUUAUUAUGUUCGUCAAAGAUAACCGCGAAAGGGCACUGAAUAUAUACAAUCAGUUCCUGCCACGGAACGUGAGAAAUAUGGGAGCGAUGAAAAAGUUAGAAGAAGCCAAGAGCGAGAGAUUGAUCACCAAGGUGAAAAAUUGGUAUCUAAAUGGAAAAGCGGUCUGCCUAGAAAACAUAGCUGGCUACAUACGUUUCACGACUGACCUGCAUUUCGGUGUUCCUGCAAACUUGGUGUUGGAAAAAGCAGUGAAAGUAUCGUCUGCGCCUAUUUAUUUCUAUAGAUAUAGCUAUGUCGGCAGCGAAAAGGCACCCACGGAUCUUAUAAUUAAACGUUUGAUCGCCGGAGCGUCUCACGUGGAUGAAGUAGCUUAUCUCUUCUAUUUACCACUUUGUAAGACCGAAAAUACACAGCCACCGGCGGUUGGAACGAAAGACAGAGCUACUAUUAACCGAAUGACUAAAUUGUGGUCGAAUUUCGCUAAAACUGGGGAUCCUACAUCGAGUAAAGACGAAUUUGUGAAUGUUACAUGGGAACCGACAACGGUAGAUAAGCUUUGUUACUUAGAAAUUGGCGAGGAGUUACAAUUUUUGCCACUUCCACCGCACAUACUGAGUUCUACAGAAUUUUGAUCGUUCCACCAUUUCAUAACAUUAACUUCUACAGAACAAAUAUGCCGUAGAAGCAAAUGUUUUUAUUAAGUUUGCGUUGCUUUAUUUACGAUAAGUAGGAUAUGCAGUUAUUCUUAAUGCUUGCAAGACUAACAAGGGUAAUGGAAAUAAUAAAUAACUUAGGUUUAGCUACGCUUGCGAAAUGUCUGUUAGCCAUACGUAUGUUAAUUAAUCACAGGAACACAUUUUUAUCUACGUGUAAAAAUGUAGUUUCCGUCAUUCUUGAUUAAAUUCUUUUUACAAGAUUCCCGAGUGUAAUUUUGAUUACAAGAUAAAAAUACAAGAGAAAUUAACAAUGGCAAUGAGAUCAAAUAUAAUUACGCCCGGACUAUGUUAUCCUAGAUACUCGGUCCGAACUAUGUGCAACCGAUACCAAAUGUUGUUAAUUAAAUACUCUGUUUUUAAGAUUAAUCUUGUUUACGUUAAAAGUACAACUGAUCGCUAUUGCGUUGAUAAAUAUACAAUUUGUCUCGUUUCUUUAUCGUUAUUCACUAAUUCGUACAUGCAGUCGCAUUAAAUUUCACAAUUCUCUCAAAAAAUAUUUAUAAAAACCGCAAAAAAUCUCCGCUUCCAGUUACUUUCUCGGCUUUACCUUUUUUAUCGUUAUUCGUGAAUUGGUAUAUGCCGCCACGUUAAGUUUCAA